AUGAGGCUGAAUGUGCGUGUGAUCGGAGCCCGCAACCUGCGGGCCAUGGAUUUCAACGGCUUCAGCGAUCCGUACGUGAAGCUGCAGGUCGGGAAGCAGAGGUUCAAGACCAAGGUGGUCAAGAUGAACCUGAACCCGGAGUGGGAUCAGGAGUUCAGUUUUGUUGUCUCCGAUGUCCGGGAAGUGCUCAAGUUCUGUGUCUACGACGAAGACAUGAUUGGGAUCGAUGACUUCCUGGGGCAGGUGAAGGUGCCACUGGAGGACCUGCUGGCUGCGGAGAACUUCUCGCUUGGUACACAAUGGUACCAGCUUCUUCCAAAGAGCAAGAGCGACAAGGCAGUCGAUUGCGGGGAGAUUUGUCUCGCAAUAUCUUUAGAAACAGCUGGGGCCACACGAUCAUGGUCUGAUGAUCUUGCAACUGAAUUAACUGGCAUACAUAGCGACUAUUCAUUAUCAUCAAGUCAAAGCACUGGAACAUCACUUGCAUUAGCUUAUCAAGAAAAUGAAGCUUCGAAAGAAGAUAAUAUCAAUGAGUAUUCUGAUGGAUCUGAAAUCCAUGAAGAGGACAAAUGUAGCAUUGGUAGAGAGCAAACAACUGCAGAGGCCAAACCUAAUGGGAUUUCUAGUGGAGCAGAAACUUCUAAAGCAGAGAAGCUUGAUAAGACCUCGCUUGUUGAUCGUGUCUGUCAAAUGUUUGUCAGGAAAAAUGAUGAUGCUGUACCAACAACAUCUUUAGCAAAGACUGAGGCUUCAGAAGAAGUUCAAGAAGCACCAGCAGGAUUUGAGGCUUCUGUAAGCCAAAGUGAUGAUAUGUGUUCAGAGGCUCCAUUUGAUGAGCUACUGAGAUCUUUUGAAUCAAGGCAUGAAGGAGUUGAAAUGCCUGUAAAUUUACAAGGAAUUCUUAUAAACCAGUCAUAUUUUACGUCGCCUAAUGAUUUGAAUAACCUUCUCUUCUCACCGGAUUCGGAUUUUCGGCGAACACUGGUCCAGCUUCAGGGUUGUACUGAUUUCACAAGUGAACCCUGGAUAAUUGGUAAUGGUGGGGAGACCCUUAAGAGAGUGAUAACUUAUACAACUGCACCAUCCAAAUUGGUUAAAGCUGUUAGAGCAACAGAGGAACAAUCUUAUUUGAAGGCUGAUGGAAAAGAGUAUUCAGUUUUAUUGAGUGCUAGCACCCCAGAUGUUCCUUGUGGUACUUAUUUUCGCACAGAAGUUCUUUUCCGUAUUAUGCCAGGUCCUGAACUUGAUUCUGAGCAACAGACUUCACAUUUGGUAAUUUCUUGGCGCAUGAAUUUUCUUCAGAGUACUAUGAUGAAAGGUAUUAUAGAAAAUGGCGCAAGACAAGGCUUGGAGCAAAAUUAUGCACAGUUUUUGGAUUUACUGUCAGAGAAGGUAAAGCCAAUUGAUGUAGAAGAUGCUGGGUCAGACAAAGAACAGGUCUUAUCUUCGUUGCAAGGGGGUCAGGAGUCUGAUUGGAAGAUAGCAUUCCUAUACUUCUGCAACUUUGGUGUCCUGUCCUCUCUUUUUGUAGCCCUGUACAUUGUUGUGCAUGUUUCACUUGUGAAUUCAGGUGCAGUUCAGGGGCUUGAGUUUCCUGGAUUAGAUCUGCCAGAUUCUCUCAGUGAGAUUGUGAUGGGUGGGCUGUUGUUUCUUCAGGUGCAAAACAUGUAUAAGAAACUCAUGUGCUUUUUUCAGGCAAGGGAACAAAAAGUUGGUGAUCAUGGUGUGAAAGCACAAGGUGACGGAUGGUUGUUGACAGUCGCCUUAAUUGAGGGAACCAAAUUGGCACCAGUUGAUGCUACUGGUUUCUCUGAUCCUUAUGUGGUGUUUACUUGUAAUGGUAAAACAAAAACAAGUUCAAUCAAGUUCCAAACUCUGGAACCUCAGUGGAAUGAUAUCUUUGAGUUUGAUGCCAUGGAUGAUCCUCCAUCAGUGAUGAAUGUACAUGUAUAUGAUUUUGAUGGACCAUUUGACGAAGUUACCUCUCUUGGACAUGCUGAAAUAAACUUUGUCAAAUCAAACUUGUCAGAGCUAGCCGAUGUAUGGAUUCCUCUUCAAGGCAACCUGGCUCAGUCCAGGCAGUCUAAGUUACACCUAAGAAUUUUUUUGAACAACUCAAAGGGCACUGGUAUGGUGACCGAGUAUCUGAGCAAAAUGGAGAAAGAAGUUGGUAAGAAGAUGACGUUGCGGUCUCCUCGAACUAAUACUGCAUUCCAGGAGCUCUUCUCUCUCCCAGCAGAAGAAUUUCUCAUCAGCAGUUUUACUUGCUACUUGAAGAGGAAAUUGCAUACACAGGGCCACCUUUUCUUGUCUCCAAGAAUAAUUGGGUUUUAUUCAAGCAUGUUUGGCCGAAAAACAAAGUUUUUCUUUCUAUGGGAGGAUAUUGAAGAUAUACAGGCAAUUCCUCCAUCGCUAUCGUCAUGGAGUCCAUCCCUUGCAAUAAUUCUUCACAAAGGUAGAGGAAUGGAUGCAAAGCAUGGUGCCAAGAGCGUGGAGAAUGGAAAGCUAAAGUUUUCUCUGCAGUCAUUUGCAUCAUUUAGUGUGGCCAAUAGGACAAUAAUGGCGUUAUGGAAAGCAAGAUCUUUGAGCUCUGAGACUAAAGUACAGAUUGCUGAGGAACAAUCCCAUAAUAAUACCCUUCAGAGUGAGGACAGUGGAAUUUUUGCUGGUGUUGAGGAUUCCAAGAGCCUUCAGAUGAGCGAAGUUUUCUCCUCAGUCAUUUCUGCUAAUAUGGCUUCACUUAUGGAGGUGUUUGGAGGAGGUUCGUUGGAGAUGAAAGUCAUGGAGAAGGUCGGAUGUCUCAAAUACUCGGCUACACAAUGGGAACCAGAUAAACCUGAUGAAUAUCAACGACAAAUUCAUUACAAGUUUAGCAGGAAAUUGUCUCCUGUUGGAGGAGAAGUUACUGGAACACAGCUGAAAUCUCCUAUGCCCAACAACAAAGGCUGGAUUAUUGAAGAGGUGAUGGAACUCCAAGGAGUCCUUCUUGGCGACUUCUUCACGCUUCAUAUAAAGUAUCAAGUCGAAGACCUGGCUCCUAAACAAAAGGCGUGCAGUGUCCAAGUCUAUCUUGGAAUUGAAUGGUCAAAGACCACCAGGCAUCAGAAGAGAAUCGAGAAGAAUGUUCUUUCCAGUUCAUCUGCUCGCCUGAAAGAGAUGUUCAGCCUUGCAUCAAAGCAGCUCUCACACGCCAGAUAGGAUCAUACACCUGUGGCAAUCCCUGUGCAUAAUACUGAGAUGACUGAACAUUUCUGACCGCCGCUACGACCCCCUGUACAUACAUUGCUUGAUUGAAGAUACACACGGGCGACUGAUUCAUUUGUUAGACGAGUUUACAGUCAGCUUUGCAGAUCCUGCAGUAGUUGAGCCAUUGCUUUGGCUGAAAUCACGAUUAUACCCAAUAGCUUUCUUUGUUGUACUGUAUCUGACAAGAUGUUGAACCAGUUUGCACACCAUGAUACCAGCAUCGUCAAGCUGCAGUGAUGAAUUACGACGAGGGCCUUGGGUUUGUUUCUCCGUAGGUAUGUUUUAGUGUACAUAGGAUGCCGUUAUUUACCUAUGUGUGCAUCUUUUCUUUUGUUCAUGGAAUCGGGUCAGCUCAACUCUUUUUCUUAACGAUCACAUGUUGAACUCUUCUUUUUAGAUCAUCACAUGUUGAAUUGUACAGAAGGAGGAAAUAAAUUGUUCAAAUAAAAUUCUGAUAUUACCGACAGUCAA